AUGCUGCAUUGGAGCACAAAUGAGGCAUCAAACCGAAAAGCCCUAUUAGAGCUAACUCACUGGUUUAGGCGCGAACUUACUGACCUGAAGGCCAGUGGUUCAAACUCGACCUCUGCAUCUCGACUGCACUUCUCUGGGCUUGGGCAACCCAGCACAGAGGUAACCGCUGAACAAGCGAAUUCCCUAGAUCCGUCAGUUUUGCCUGACACAGUGGAGCAACCCAAUAUCAAAUGUGACUGCUUUCGACUUCUGCACACGGGGCAAUCAAUCGCCAGUCGACCGCAACGUCCAGGGUGUGAUCACCCCGACUGUCCAUACCAAUAUCUUCAGCGGGAUACGUUCACCUCAGAGGCCUACAAGAUCCAACUGAAGAAUAUACAUAAGUACACUGGAUUCAAGCAACUGAAGAAGCUGUUGGAUUCAUUGAACGUCAAAUAUAGGAAAGUAAAACUUCUGCCUGAGGUUACUUUCAUCACAUUUUGCACGAUUGAAGAUCGUGAUGCGGCGAUCGCUAUUCUGGAUGGUUACGUUUGGCGUGGCAAAUCGUUCGAAGCUAAGGUGGCAAUCGGCAAAGCCGACCCGUUGCUGCACAAAAGACAUGCAACCGCGGAUGGUUUUGAAGCGGCUGGUGGGAAACGGACAUGUGUCAGCGAGGCUCUGUCUUCUGCAGAUCAAGCCGACCGACUCCGAGAUAUCGUAACCCCCCUGUACCGACUACCCUAUAACCCGGAUCAAUUGUUAGAGAAAAACAAUCACGUGAUCUCUAUCCUGGCUCUGAUGCGAACCAGGUUAAUCGAAUCAAACCCAUCCAUAAGCGAUUCACUUCUCACGCUUGGCCUGCAGCGAGAUUCUUCCGACAAAUUGUGCGCUUGCCCUCUCUUGGAAAUUGUCCCCUCGCCCAUCACAGCAGAAUAUCGGAACAAAUCUGAGUUGACUAUUGGAUGCGACUUGGAAGGACAAGGUCCAAUUGUAGGUUUUCGUCUAACCAAAUACCGCGAUGGCCUCACAGCUGUUGGUUCAUUCCAUCACGUAGACAUAUUGCCCAAGAGUACUGUCAGCAUUUUGGACGAAGUUCAAAGGUUCAUAGACUCUUUUCGGAAUGUGCAGUCCGAAUCACGCUGUCCUACCUUGACCACCUACGAUCCGAUCACACAUAGCGGACACUGGCGUCAUCUUCUCAUACGUGAAUCUCGGCUGGGCGAUCUUUUGCUGCUGCUUGACAUACACCCACAGCAAUUGAAACAGGAGGAAAUGGACUACCUUUGUGAACGUUUUCGCAAUUGGUUUGUCGAUAAUUCCGGUCAGGUUGAUCCAAAAGUCACUUCGCUCUACUUCUCGACUCGCCGCAACACAUCCGAAAAGUUCGACACUUCCAAUACACGCUUGCUAUUUGGCAAAGAUCAUAUCGUCGAAAAAUGUUGUGGUUUGGAAUUUCGAAUAUCGUUAGAUGCGUUUUUCCAAGUCAACACUUUGGCAGCAGAACUGCUAUAUGAGGAGGUUUCGAAAUUCGCAUCUGGUGCUUACGACAACUUCAGCGGUACACAUUCCAACACGGAUUGCUCUCAAAGCGACAAAGACCAGCCAAGUACACCAGCUUCUGAUUGUCAUAGAACCACUUACUUACUGGAUAUUUGCUGUGGAACUGGAACGAUCGCCCUUUGUAUUGAAAACGCUCAGUUCUAUGCUGGGCAAGCGGACAAGGUCUUGUUCGAUGUGAUGUCCACAAUACCGAAAGAGAGUAACAUCGUGGCUGUUGUUGAUCCACCUCGUUCCGGAAUACGUAACACUGUGAUUCAGACCCUUCGGCGCUGCACUCGUCUUGAACGGAUUGUGUAUGUGUCUUGCAACUUGGAGGCCGCAAUGCAAGAUUUCAUCGAUUUUGCCCGCCCAACCUCGAACAGGUUUCAAGGAGCGCCGUUUAUCCCGACGCUAGCGCGACCAGUCGAUCUCUUCCCACAAACUCGCCAUGUGGAAGUUGUGAUUCUGUUGCAACGCAUCAGGUAUCCUCAAACUUCGUGAGCAAUUUAUGGUACCUUCUUUUACAACUUGCUGUAUUCUGCAAUGAAACGAAACCUAACCUAAAAAAUACACUGUGUAACAAUG